CAACAGCUGCACAGCUGUGAUUUUUAAACAGAGAAACGCGCAAAUUUGCAAUAUAAGCAUACUUCGUGAACAUUUUUAGCAGCAAAGAAGGUGUUUUAUAAAUAUUCGAUUAAAAAAAAGCAUUUAUAAUCAUUUAGUGCUCCGCUCCUUAUGUAUCACAUAUACUAUAAUUUUUUGGCCACUAAACAAACUUAACCUCACAUUAAGCCGGUUGAUUUCUUGCAUUUUGUUUGGAAUCCAUCACCAAAGUUUCCUCAAUGUCUACCACCACAAUUUUGGAAAGCAAAAAGUUAUGCCUUUAUCGCUGUCUCUCGGCGGUAGCCUUAAGCAUAAUGAUGCAGUUUUUCCUGCUCACAGUGUUCCUGCUGUUUGUCAACUUCCAUGUGUUCCAUUUGCUGAAUUGGAUAACGGAGACAUUUAGCUUGGUCUUCUCAUUCUAUACAUGGCUGUCGAUAAUGCCCCUUAUAUCUGCUGUUAUUAUCUAUGGAAUAUUGCUGGGGAAAUCACAUUUGGCCGUUAAAGAAUACUAUGCGACUCGCUUUAAAUGGCUGCUGGGUACGGUCGUAAGAAAGAGUCUGUUUUUGAUGAUACAUAUAGCUGUGGGCUUUCUAACUGCUUGGUUGUAUGCAAGAUAUUUGCAUUUAGACUAUAGGUCCUUGGUUUACCAAUGUUAUGGCAUGGAUUGCAUUAAUCCUUACUACCUUUUUCUGGUGGGUGCCGGCAUUUCUGCAGGCUGCUAUCAUUUCUUCAAAGAAAAUCUUCGCCAAGAACCUGAAGUGGAAUAUCCCAUUAUACAAGAAAAUAAACUGGUGAAAUUGCGCUCCCUGCUCUAUUCCACUUUGUACAAGUCUCUAAUGAAGUCAUUUGUCCCCUCCAUGUGUUAUGCCUUGGGUUUUUGGAUAUUUGGUGAUAUUGUCAAUCGCCGAUUGGCCCGCUUCUUUGAUCUGGAAGUAGAUACUGGCCUCUCAUCACUUUUCUCAGUCAUUACCAAUGUUCGUUUGUUAUUCUACUCAUGGAUUUUGUCAUCCCAAAUUUUGAGUAACAUGAAUUUGAUGCAGAAAUUCUUUUCAAUUUUAUUGGGCGAAGAAAUGCAUUUUGUAAUUGAAAAGAAUCCCGUGGCCAAGGAAGGAGAAAACGAAGUCACAUUAGUGGAGGCCUUGACUAUGAACCAAGUACCGGUUAUACAGAAUUUAGCAGCUUUGGAUUUAUUCAGUAUGACUGGUAGUAUGGCAAGCGGAAGGCGUCAGCAAAUCUAUGCCUUAUCUAUACCAGGUGGUCAUCCUUACAAUUGGAAUCAACUUUCAUCCCAAUGUCUCACCAUUAUCAAUGCUUUUAUAGAUGAUCUAACAACAUCUGUGAAAAAUAUCUCCACAAUUAAAUCCACACCUCUAUUCUGUGAUAUCGAUAAGCCCACAGCCACUGAAGCAGCUGAGAAAAUCUUGUUACGUCAAUACAAUGAAACCUAUGGCAUAAGAAGAAUGGUAUCUGAGGCACCAACUUCUACAAUUGGUCCUAUGACAACUAAUAGUGGGAUGACACCAAAAGUUCCCUCAGUUGUACAGAGUAUCAAUGAACAGUUUGAGCACAUCUCUAGGCAAUUUGAACAGGCCUUAAAUACCGCCUUUCGCACAAUACCUGGGGUAUUCUAUAUGUUUGGUGAGCCGGAUGGUGCCAAAACCGCCUUCUUGCUAUCCAAUUCACAAAUGAUUGUCUGGCUUACACAAGGGCUGGCUGGUAUAUGUGCCGACUCAUUGUCAGAAGAUAAAUAUGGGGUAGUGCAGGUGGCUUUGCCACAAAUCAUAAGAGCCCUUAUGAAACUAAAGGGUGAACUGGAUAAGUUGAAUAAUGUGAAUUUAAAUGGCAAGAAAUUGGAUCGUAAUUUGAUAACUUUGAAAAAUUCUGUUAGACGUAGUCUCUAUAAAAUUAUCUCAGUAUUUGGGGAUUAUUUGCGUGAUCUCUUUGAUGAUCCCAUGGAAAUAAGAAGAUUGCAAUGUUUUAUGAGUUAUCAAGAGGUUUAAAAAAAACAGAUUUAAUAUAAGGCAUAAAUCACUUACACAUACAAUUCAGCAUAAUGCUAUUCAUAACUUUUUUUUAAAGAUUUACAUAUAACCACUCAUGUUAUUAUUUAAUUUUUAUUACUGUAGCACCGUAUUGAAUGGAAUCAUAUUUUUUUUUAGUUUUACCUCUUUAUUCAAAUUGUGAAAUAGUUAUAUUGUUAAGUUAAUAUUAAGAAUUUUGGAUAAGGCCCAUGAAAACAUUG